UCUCUCUUUUUUUAAUUUCCUCCUGGUCGCCGCCCUCUUCUCUCUAUCUAGCGUCGCCGCCCUCUUCUCUCUAGCGUCGCCGCCUUCUCUCGGAUUUGUCUUGCCAACCAAAUGUCUUUUGAUCUCUGCAAGAAGCAUCAGUGGUUUCUUCGCUGUACUUUUUGUUUCAUGAACCGGGGUAGGUUGUGGUGUACACAGAAGAUCUUGUUUCGGCAUUGGACUUGAAAGGAAUUAAAAGGGUUGGCAGGUGUUUGUGGCAUUUACAAGCCUUUCUUUUAUUCAAAGGGUUUACAAGUUGCAAUAUAUAUAUUUUGCAAAGGUUUUCAUCUAUUUGGGAUUCAAAAUUUUAUUAGAUUGUGGGGGUGUAUUAUUGGUAUACUAUAUGGAGCGACUAUCCCUCUCUCCGGGAUUUCGUUUCCAUCCCACGGAUGUUGAGUUGGUUAUGUUCUACCUCAAGCGGAAGGUAUUGGGAAGAAAGUUCAAAUUUGAAGUCAUUUCAGAGGUCAACAUUUACAAGUUCGCUCCAUGGGAUCUCCCAGAUAAAUCUUGCUUGCCAAGUAAAGAUCGCGAAUGGUAUUUCUUCUGUCCGCGAGAGAGAAAAUACGCAAGUGGCUCCAGAGCAUGUCGCUCAACUGAAAAUGGGUAUUGGAAAGCCACAGGAAAGGAUAGGACUGUUCUUUACAACAAACAAGCAGUGGGAGCAGUGAAAACUUUGGUUUUUCACGUAGGUCGUGCACCAAAAGGAGAAAGAUCUGAUUGGGUUAUCCAUGAGUAUAGGAUUGACGAUAAGGAUUUGGCUGAAGCAGGAGUUGUUCAGGAUGCAUUUGUUAUCUGUAAAAUAUUUAAGAAGAGUGGCUCAGGUCCAAAUAAUGGUGCGCAAUAUGGAGCACCAUUUAACGAGGAAGAUUGGAGUGAUGACGAGGAAGAUGAUUUGUCCCCAGAAGCUUUAGUCCCGCCUGAUGAUCAGAACAUCGCCUCUUUGUUUGAAGCUGGUCCAUCUAAUGCUGUGCCUUCUGAAGAGGUGCCUCAACCUCUGCUAGAUGACGCUGAUCUUGGUUUGUUGCUGGCCAUGUUUGUGGAUGAUGGUGAUUUGCUUUCUAGUGAGAACGAGAAUGUGCAGCUUAGUAAUAUUGAUCUUGACAAAAGGAGCGAAACAGUAUCUUCCUUGGAUGGAAAUGAUAUAUAUGGUUGUCUAGGGGACCUGGAUAACUGGUCAGAGCUGGAUGGAGAUGGAUUGAACUUCUCCAACUGUCUGAAAACUGACUGUUCUUCAAGCUCUAUUCCUUCAUUUUACGAUUUUGAAUGAAUUACAAGGCAUGGGGUUUACUGCUGACAUCUUGUUGGAGUCUAGUUUGUUCAUGUAUUCUACAGCCAAGUCCUACUCUCCAGUGCCUUUGCAAGAAACUCAUCAUUCUUUUACUUCAAUUUUUUGUUGUCUAUUUGUUACGGGUUUGAUUUAAGGACACGUUAUGAUUCACCAUUUGUUAUACGGGUUCACGAACCUCAUAUUAUGGUCGCAGGAUGCUGCAUUAUUUGUUAUAUGAUUCUAAAGGUGAUGGAACCUUUUUUUUUUUUU